GUCAUGUUAGCAAAGUCAACUGUGAUGACGAGGUGUUUGGUUUGCUUUAUUUGGCAUGUUAUAUGUGUAGGCUGUGCGUAGACACGAUGUAGAUCGUAGUUGGACGGGCUGUUUCCCCGCAAGCAAUAGACGUCAUUUCGCCGUCUAGGUUAUACCCGAUAUAGCCCGCAGCCCACAGGCCAACAUAACUUUGAAUUUGGAUACAUGUAAUUUUGACCAAAAUAACUUAUACGAUAACUUACCAGAUGUAUGAAAUUCCAUGCAAUCAAAGUCAACAGUGAUUGCAAGCUUUAGUUUAAUUUCUUUCACGUUCUAGGCUGUCCGUAGUCACGAUUUAGCGCCUAGUCAGACCGACUAAUUUAGCCCAUUUUGAGUCAAAAAAUCAUUUUAGUUUUAGGUAGCGCAUAAGAUAGUUGUUAUAAAAUCAUAUCAAUAUGCCAUUUCAUGACAUGGUCUUUAGCGACGAUAAUUACACGGCCUGUAGACUGCUUUUAGCCCACACUUUUGAAAACAUUUGAACUAGCGUUUUCUUUGCUGUCACAUAAAAUUCAUAGUCAUAGACAUUCUACAUAUGGACUGUCAUUCAUGUGAAGUUUAAUACAAAUCAAAUUUCGAAUUUUCAACCGCUAGAUGGCACAAGCGAAGCCCUACUGAGACAUGACUACUCCUACUGGGACUACUGCCAUCGCCAGACGAGAUCACUUUAGCCAGAUCUCGCGAUAAACAUUUCCGCCAUUUUCAAUUUUAUAUUAAACGAGACAGCAGUUGAACCUGUCGGAGAGCAACACUCACAAAACCUUACCAUUUCUAAUUCAAAAUUGUUGUAUAAAUCUGCUUUCCUAAUAUCUGGCGACUCCAAACUCCAGAGGUGGCAAUCAUAUUACACACAAUGAGACAUCACCACCGCUAUUUGUCUUUACUCCUCAUCUCCACUAUUGUCCUGUUCUGCUUUUACUCUCAAAACUCUUUGGUCAUUUUUACCUAUAAUUCUUAUUUUGGUUAUGUGACCGAGCGCGCUCCGUGCGGGUGUGGCACAUGUGCGCUUGAGCAGGGGCGCGCGGACUGGUUCAGUGCACAUUAUGAACCGACAGUCCAUCUGCUGCUCAACAGCAGCAACAGCGUGUUACACACAGACGUCUUCAGGUGGUGGAAGGGUCUACAAAAUGUAACACGCGUUGCCGACUACACAGAGGUGGUGAAGAAACUGUUUCCGCUCUUUCCGGAUAAAGAACACUACUCAGAUGCUGGUCCAGACCGCUGCAGAACCUGCGCUGUGGUCGGGAACUCCGGGAACCUGCUGAGAUCCCAUUAUGGACCUCUCAUAGAUUUCAAUGAUUUUGUCAUGAGGAUAAAUAAGGGUCCAACGGAAGGUUUUGAGAAGGAUGUUGGUUCCAGAACCACUCACAGGAUCAUGUACCCUGAGAGCUCUGUGGAUAUGGACAACUCAACUCACCUGGUGUUUUAUCCUUUUAAGAUUCUGGAUAUGGAGUGGCUCAUCAGUGCCUUCACCACUAAAAACAUCAACAAAACAUAUAGGAAAGUGCCAUCCACAAUAAAGGCUAAUAAGGACAAGGUGAUGAUUCUCCACCCAGAAUUUAUGAAAUAUGUUUAUGUGAAUUGGACGGAGAGUCACGGAAGAUAUCCAUCCACAGGCUUUCUAACGCUGAUGUUUGCUCUGCACAUCUGUGAUGAGGUGAAAGUUUUCGGGUUUGGAGCUACAAAGGCUGGAAAGUGGCAUCAUUAUUUUGAUGAAACGUUGACUCUGUAUGUCAAUGAAAGUCAUGCUGGAGACUUUGAAUAUCAGACAAUCCGUCGACUUGAGCAGCAGAAGAGGAUUGUGAUGUUCAAGGGUUGGACAUGAACCAAAACGAUUUGGAAACGCAAGGGCGGCGCCAGGACGUUUUUCUUGGGGGUGCUUAACAGUUUAUAGAGAGGCUAAUACAAUUAUAAAAUGUAUAAAUUCCUUAGAUAGACAACAGGCAAUUUUGCUUAAAUAUAUUGUUGUAGUGCAUUGGCCUCCUAUGGGUGCACUUAAUAAUAUUGUUAAUGAAUUAAGUUUCUUUACAUUUUUUAACAAGCCUGCAUUAAAUGCUGUGCGUUUAAAAAAAAAACUUUAUGCAAUGCCACAUCUUGGGUCCUUCAAUGGCCACUGCUUCGAAAUAACCAAAAGCAAACUUAUCAAUGCUAUGCUCUUCUGUUUUUUCGUAUUUAAAUAGAAUUCCCAAUAAAACGCUCUUAUUUCAGCGUAAUCUGUUGUAGUUUUAAAAUUCUAUAACUAAAACGUAGAAUAUAGCACCCGCACUUCGUACAACACAACAUCCGAUUUGCCACGGAAGGCAUAACAAUCCGCUUUACCUGCUCUUCAGAUGCUCUUCUCUUGCUCUGGAGAGCUUCUCUUCCAGGUAAAUGCGAUUUAUUUUAAGUAAUGUUUUAUUGGUUUCGCUGCUAUCUGAAAGUCACAUUUUCUGAACGGAAAAGUUCGACUAAGCAGCCUUAAGGGAGGGGUUAGAAUCAGCCAAUCGAACAGCGUGUAAUUGAGGAGCGUGCAUAACCUGCCUGGCCUGUUGUGUUUUAGGCACAACACCUGGGCUAAACUGUUUUUUGAAUGGGCUAUAGUGUGAUCUAUUGUAUCUGUAAUGUAAAUAUUUUUGGGCCAUUCAAGAGCCACUCAUUCCAUGCAAUUUUUACUCUCUACACUCGGUGGCGUGGGUGGUCAAAAGGAUAUUUAAAUGUUUAGAGGAAACUGAAGACAGGUGUGGGGAAUGAGCAUAUCAGUUUUGACAGGGCAAUGUGCAUUGGUGCGUAUGGAAUCAAGUA